AUGGCUCCACUUACCAUGAAUUACUUUACUAUAGCUAUCAUUGCUCAACUCGGGCUUGUAGCAAGCUACACCAACCUGUGGGCCCCGUCCCCUCUUGGAAACACGGGGCAAUGCGUUGUUGAGCCGCAACCCGGCUAUCAUUUCACCGCCUUACAAAUCUGCACCACUGGCAUCACUAAUUAUACGACUCAGGUACAUGAUCAUAUCUUUCAAGGUGGAGACCCGGGUGAUACUUUUUACAUGAAUGGCUCGCUAUACUCGGCCUUCCUCACGGCAGGCAGCGAUCCCGCUUUCGCGGUUCCGCAGCCCUGGGAUUAUGGCUUUUGGAUCAAUACAAUGCAGUACGGAGUAUACCCCGGAGUACAGCUCGAGUCGGAAGGCGCUUCACCGUCCCAGUUUUAUCCUGGUCCUCCACUUGGUUCCGACAGCAACACUCCCACACCUUUCGACAUCAACACAUGCACACAGUUCUGGGGUAAUACCGGUUCACCUUGGGUUCCGUUUGACGCAACCACUGAAGACCAAUCCGCUGCUUUCACGUGGUGGAACGAUACUUACCAAAAUAAUUACGGGCCCGGCAAUGGCUACCUCGUCCUCGACUACGUAAGCCAGGAGCAAACCUUGAACGAGCGUAACACCGCCAACAAAUGGUUCGACUGCAAGCGAGCCACUCAACCUCCCUGUACUGAUAUCGCCGGCGUCGUCAACUACCUCUACGACUGCGUGGCAAAGUCCCCUACUAAACUGCCCGCACCCGGAGGUAAGCAAUACAAUUCCGGCCUCAACAAUCAUAGAUGGGGCGACCAUUGUGGAUCCAUGAACGAUGGCGCUAUUAACAUACUCCUGGAAGUCGUCAAACUGUACUACAAUGGUUCUGACAAAAGGGCCCUGACCACUCAACCUAUAUACUGCACUGAUGACGGGGGCCCCUAUAUCUGUGUCUUCUACCGAGGCGUCGCUACCGGCAACGGAUCCACAACAUAUGAUUUGCUGAACCAGUUGAAUGCACCAAGCAUUCCCUACCGACACUUGUGGGAGCAUAGGUGUCGAAUAUCCAAAGAAUAA